AACAGAACAGAGGAGCAUCGAAGCCAUGGCGGGGAUCUUGGCGUGGGCGGCCGACGUGGUCGGCGGCGCCGGAGACAGCGAUGACGAGGCCGCCGCCGCCGCUGAAAGCGAGCGCGCCGCGGCCAUGACCCCGGAGCAGCGGCUCCGCGCCGCCGACCUGGACGCGCGGGCGUCGUCGCUGCGGCGCGCGAUCCAGGAUCUGCGCGCCCGAGUGCCGCCGCCGCACGUCGCUCAGCGGCUGCCGCACCUGCACGCGCACUCCCUCGCCUCCUCCGCCGCCCUCGCGCUCCAGCUCAACGCCCACUCCUCCACCAAGGAGCAGGCACUGGAAAGAGAGAUAAGAAUUCAAGAAGAAAAUACUGCCUACGAGAAGGCUAUAUCAGAUUGUCGACAGAAAAUUCAGGAAAAGCAGAUGGAGGCCAGUCUGCUUCAGAGUAAUUUGAAGGAAAUGGAAAUUGCAGAGCUGGAUUUAAAGGCAAAGGUUGACAAUGCUAUCAAGGAGCAAGAGGCUACUCAACAUGAAGCAUCAACAGCUUCUGAAGCUACUGGAAAUGCUCUGCUAGAUGCUGAAUCAUUGAUUAAUCUCAAGUCAAUGGACUUGGAAGAGAAGAAGGGAGAGUUGAAACUAUUGGAAGACAAGGUGCAAAGAUUGGACAAAGUAUGGUCUUUGGUUGAAGAAGAGUCUUUGAAAACUCCCAGUCCUGCCCAGAGGGAGAAGACACUUGAGAAACAACUACAUAGCCUCAUUGAACAGUUGACAACUAAACAAGCUCAAGCUGAAAGGCUCAUCACUGAUAUACACACCAAAGAAAAGGAUCUGGAAAGGUUGAACAGUAUACAUAGAAAUCUCCACAGCACCUCCAGUGAAGCAGGCGCACCACGGAAUCGGUUCAGCGGGGGGCUUUUGAGCGGCGAUGAAGAUUCUGGCGCCAAAGGUGUCCGCAGACCCAGCCAAUCCGGUGGCGUUAGAACGGAAGGUCAGAAAAGGUUGAUGUUUCUUAGGUCUGCUUUUGUUCUCUAUAUCUUGGCACUGCACGUCGUGGUCUUUAUAAAGAUAUCGGUUUCAAACUAGGCAGCAUACAAACACAGGUACUGAGCUCAUGUGUAGAUAAUACAUGUAAAAUUGACAGUAGAUGUAUUUCAUGGAGCUGAACUAGGAGCCCCCUGAGUUGGGCCUUGAUUGAUAAGCACGUCGAUGUGGUUUGUUCUGUGUAUCGUUUCCUGUUCCUGAGAAUGUUCCUAAGAUAAGAUUUCAAGUUUACUUGCCCA